UCCCCUUCCUCACGAACCGUUCCCCUGCUUUCCUCCCGUUUCCAUUCCGAGGCGAGCGAUAGAGAGCUACAACGCACGCACGCUCUAGGGUUUGCGCAAGCGCCGCUGCUCCGGCCGCCUCCCGGCCCCGUCCCACCGAGCAGCUGCCGGUAAACCGCAUUCGCAGGCGCGCCUUCGUACUGCGCCCGCCCCGACGUGGGCUCGCCGCCGUACGUACUGCGUGCGCGUAUCUCUUUCCCGAUCGAAUACGCGCCCGGGACCGGCAUCACUGAUCUCGGGUUCAAUCGAAGUUGAUGAGUAUAAUGUAGAAUCGUCUCGGAGGAGCUAUUCCAUCUAGUGACAAUCAAUUAGCAUCCUCGGUAAAAAUAGCAUCAUCACAUGAGCUGCUAAACAAGGGUACAAUCAUCGUAAAAAUGUCUCAAGGCACUUCUCCGCUGCCAAAGGAUAAAGGUCCCGCUGAAGAUUCUUUAAAGGCUGUGGGCACAAAACGUCUGCAUUCUGAUGCUCCUUCAAGUCCUGUUUAUCAGAAUGUUUAUGUACGACGAAAAGUGGACACUGAACAUAAUAAAGUGAACUCUUCUCAGGAGUUGAGGAGUAAUGGAAGAGACAAAACAAAAGAGCAGGAGGAACAGCAAAAUUUGGAAACUGAACAUAGUAAAGUCAACUCUCCUCAAGAGUUGAAGGGUAAUGUGAGACAGCAGGAGGAACUGCAAAAUGUAGGAAUUGAACAUAGUAAAGUGAUCGCUUCUCAAGAGUUAAAGGGUAACGGAGGAGACAAAAUAAAAGUGAGCUCUUCACAAGAGUUCAAGGGCAACGAAAGAGAGCAGGAGGAACAUAAAAAUGUGGAAAUUGAACAUAAUAAAGUGAACUCUUCUCAAGAGUUAAGGGGUGACGGAGGUGACAAAAUAAAAGUGGUCUCUUCUCAAGAGUUCAAGGGCAAUGAAAGAGAGCAGGAGGAACAGAAAAAUGUGGAAAUUGAACAUAGUAAAGUGAACUCUUCUCAAGAGUUGAAGAGUAAUGGACUAGACAAAAUAGAAGUGAAAGAGGAACAGCAGAUGGUGCAACAUGAUCAGAUCAAUGAGCCAGAAGUAGCAUCUCCUAUUGUUGAAUCUGGAGGGCAAGUGUCUUCUGAAAUGACAUCUCCUAUUGGCGAAUCUGGAGAGUUAGUGCCACCUGAAUCUCCAUCAAAAACAAUUGCAGAAACUGUACCUAAGAAUAAUGAGCUGCCAAUUCCUUCUGCUAAUGAGCUGCCAGUUCCUUCUGCUAAUGAGCUGCCAGUUCCUUCUGCUAAUGAGCUGCCAGUUCCUUCUGCUAAUGAGCCAGCUAUUACUCCAGACACCUUAGUUCAAGGUGAUGCCCAUAGGCCAAGCAACCAAAACGCGUACUGGAGCGAGAGAUAUAAUCGAUUACAGACAUAUUUGGAGAAUUGUAAUCAGUCAAGCCAGGAGGGUUAUAUGCAAAUGCUUAGGUCACUCUCAGCUGCUGGUCGAAGCAUGCAUGCAAUUGAGUUGGAGAAAAGGGCAAUACACCUCCUAGUGGAGGAAGGUAAAGAGCUGCAACGGAUGAAGGCUUUGAAUGUUUUGGGCAAAAAUUCUCCAAAUGGUUCUUCGAAGCAGCCCCCCUUGCAGCGGUAGUGCCAAAAAUGAGAUGUCCUGGAGAAAUCUGUAGAGCUAAAAGAAUCGCAAGUAUACAUCACAUGUAUUCUGCUUAUGUAGUAGUUCCCUUUGUGUUCAGGCUUCUCUCUUGCCAUGAAAUUCCUUUUCCUUUAUUUUCCCUUUUGUUUUUACCCACUCACCCUGGUGCUGUGGGUUUGUUGUAGACUUACUCUGAUGUAAUUAAUUAUAAGAAUAACUUGUUUGGAUAAACUGGCCAGGCUUCAAGCUUCAAUGUUGAAGCCUAAUUGUUUCAACCAA